UGUUCGUCGCCUAUUGUUCAUUUUCAUAUAAAUAAACCACGAAUUUUGGAGAAGGGCACACAAACGUUGGAGCUCAUUCGAAAGCAAGAUGUUCACACAACUGUGUUUGCUCGCCUUGUUGGCCGUAGCGGCAGCGAAUCCGUUCUUAAGGCCAGCCUUGAACCCGCUAAGCCCAACGGGACAAAUCGUGGGUGGAACGGACGUGAAAAUCGAAGAAGUGCCGCACCAAGUGCUUCUUCAAGCUCUUGGCUUCGGCUUUUGCGGCGGUAGCAUCAUCUCCGAGCAAUGGGUGGUAACGGCUGGUCACUGCAUGUCCUAUCCAGCCGACUGGAUCACCGUGGUAGCCGGGACAACGACUAAAUCCUCCGGCGGAAGCAGCCACAAGGUAGAAGAGAUAAUCGUGCACGAGAAAUACGUGACAAACAUGUACGGUGUGCCAGAGAAUGACGUGGCCGUUCUACGAGUUAAAACUCCCUUCCGUCUGGACAAAACUCGCCAGCCUAUCAAGAUAUUCAAGCAGAACGAGGAGUCGGUCGCGGGAAUUAGGGCGACCAUCACCGGAUGGGGUGCAACCCGGGAAGGUGGCAGCACCAGCGACGUUCUCCAAUCUGUCGACGUCCCGAUCGUGUCGAAGAGCUCCUGCAACGACGCCUACAAAUCGUACGGGGGGCUGCCGGCCGGGCAGAUUUGCGCCGCGGUGCCAAACGGGGGGAAAGACGCUUGCCAAGGUGAUUCCGGCGGUCCCAUGACCAUCGGCGGACGUUUGGCCGGACUCGUGUCCUGGGGCUACGGCUGCGCCAGAGCAGGCUAUCCUGGUGUUCACACAGAGGUCGCCGCCUUCAGCGAUUGGAUCGUCUCCAAGACCGGGGUUAAACCGUAAAACUUUCCCGUUGAAAUCUCUGUAUCAGUUCUGUUACGUCUAUCAGUUCUA